AUGUCAGAUCAUCUGAUCGACUUUGAGGUCAUCGAAUCGCACAAGGAGAACAUUCAAGCCCUUCCCAGUGGACGUUCUGCAAAAGCGCUGGCGCAAUUGUAUUCACCUCCGCUCCUGGGUGCAACUCCUUCGCCAUUGCUCACAGACGAUGUGCACUCAAAAACGAGAGCUGCGUACGAACGAGAAUUGGCAAAUAUUGACGAAGCAGAUGACCCGCUCGACGUGUAUGAUCGUUAUGUGAAAUGGACGCUCGACGCAUAUCCUUCAGCACAAGCCACGCCGCAAUCACAACUCCUGCCGCUUCUGGAGCGAGCGACCAAAGCAUUCCAAUCAUCAACACACUACAAGAAUGAUCCUCGAUAUCUCAGAAUAUGGCUCCACUACAUUCGCUUCUUUUCAGAUGCACCGCGGGAAGUUUUCGUUUUCCUUUCUCGCCAUAACAUCGGCGACGGUCUCGCCCUCUACUUUGAGGAAUUCGCUGCUUGGCUAGAAAACGCCGGACGAUGGAACCAAGCCGAGGAAAUUUACAAGAUGGGUCUUGAAAAGGAGGCUCGUCCUGUAGAGCGUUUGCUUCGAAAAUUCGGCGAAUUUGAAAAGCGCAAAGAAGCACGUUCCGUAGACGCGGUGGAGCCUUCCAGUCCAGCUCUUCCAGCUGUACGACCGGCUCUUGCUGCCAAGUUGGACCCAUUCGCGGCAUCAUCGCCCUCGAGUGCACCUCAAUCCUCGAGCGGAGCGGCCAAGAAACCAAAGAGCUCCAAGAUGGCUAUUUUCUCCGACAGCGAGGCUCCUACGCGACCGGAUUCAGGAAGUAGUACAAAGGGCUGGGAUAGCAUCGGGAGUCUCGCAGAUCGUAAAAAGGAGAACUCAUCUGUCGCGAAACCAUGGGCGGGUGAAACUUUGAAAGGUGGCAAGACCAACGGAGGCGUGCCGAAGAUGAUGGUGUUCAAAGAUCAGUCUUCCCAACGCGCAUCAAUACCAAAACAUUUCAAUCCCCACCGAAGCAGUAGCAGCAGUACUCAUCAGCAACAGUGUGUCCGCAAUCCCAAGACUGGUAGACUGGAGUGCGUUUUUGUUAAUCUCGAAGCGGUCUACCCUGAUGUCGGUAACAUGUCCGUCGAGUACUGUUUCGAGGAGCUUCGAGCGAGACAUCGUGGCCUGUCGGGCAGAAGUCAGCGUAAUUCUCAGAAUGCGGUGCCGACAAAGGUAGAGGACAGCAACGAUACGCUCGCCAUUAACCUUGUCGACAUUGGGCAUGCCAAAUCGAACCAAAGGACCAGUGUUCCUGUUGAAGAGUCUGCCAAGCCCAAGCCGAAGGAACGAGGGUUCAAGAUUUUUGAGGAUCCGACGCCAGGCAAGCAGCCUCUUGUCGAAACCCCAUUGACAGGAGACCAGAUCAUGGUCGAAAGUUCCAUGAAGACGCUUGCACUGAACGAUGAAAAUGACGAAAACGCUCUCCCGUCAGAUCGUGCAACGUCGUCCAAGCCUGCGAAAAAGGCCAAGAAAGAUGACCGUGGUAAUCGCACACGCAAAAUAAAGUUGAUCGAGAAACAUAUCAAAAGUGAGACCAAGACAAUCCAGAUCAAUCUUAACUCACCGACAGGGCCAAAGACUGUGAAGCGGAAAAAGUCAUCCUCUGCGGCAGCCGAGCGGACAGAGCCAACUAUGACGAUCAACACCAAGGAAGCCAUGGAUGAGAUUUACGGCAUCUUCGCUCAGCCAAUGCAGUCUCAGGCUGAGCAAACUGAUCAAGAAGAAGACGAAGACGAGAGCGAGAGCAGCAGCGAAGAAGAAGCAGACGACGAUGAUGAUGAUUUCACGACCGAUGGAGAGAGCACAGCCACCGGCAAGCUAUCGGCUCCCGCUAGCGAAUAUGGAGAUGAAACGCGUAACGAAAUCCUCAAAAUCCGCAAUGCAAAUCUAGACGACGAAGAUCACACGGACAAUACGGGAUGGUCUGAUUUCACCAUGAACAAGCCUGCACCCCCGGAUGGGAGCGGUGACGCACCAAGCGAGGACCACCUACUGGACGCUGAUGACGAACCUCUGGCGACUCCUAUCGAUAAUGAUGAUCCUCACACGCUUUACAUGAACGCAGACUAUGUCCCAGCAUUACCAAAUCACCGCUUACCAUUCAUGACGCCAAUCGUAGAGCAGACCGAGUCCUCCCUUGGCGCUGGCACGAUUCGGGUGGACAAGCAUGCUUACGCCAUGAAAACGCCAAGUCGAAAGGCAAGCAAUGGUAUCGCUGAUUUACUUGGUCGAGAUGAGGACGAUGACAUCUGCAGUAGCCCCUUUGACGAAGUGACUUUGGACCGAGAGGAUAUUGAUGACGAAGAGGACGAUGACGAUGAGAACAUACCUAUUCUCCAGCCAAUCCGGACGAAGAGCACGAAGGGCACACUUUCUCUCGGCCAAGGUAGCGCAAAGGCCCAAACUACCGCUCGCACUCAACCGAGUGCAGGUACGGAGGAUCCCCAUGCUGUGCAAAAGGAUCCGAUAAUUACCGAGAAUCAAUGCAAUCCGAUGGAUCCAGAACUCCGUGCAACAAUACUCGCACAGAUGAAGCCGGCAUUGAGCACAUUCGAAGGCUAUCAUGAAGACCUCUCUGCUGUCUCAGGACGAUCUGCAGAAAUCAAAAAGUUUGUGCGUGCGCAGAGUAAAGCAGGCAAAGUUUCCAGCGGGUCCACCACAGCCAAUACAGCAGAGAAUAAGACUGCUUCAUCCCUUGCCAUUCCUCCGGUCAUCAAUCUUCCAAGCUCGUACAGCAAAUACACUAUCAAGCGCGAACUCGGCGCGGGAACGUUCGCUCCUGUCUACUUGGCUGAGAAUUUUACUGCUGCUGCCCUCGACGCCGAAGAGGAAGAAGCCAUCAAAAGCGGAAAUCAAGAAGAUCAAGCCUCAAUCUCAAGGUUGCGCCUUGGUAGAGCAGCGCAUCGCCGUGCGCUUGAAGCAAUCAAGAUGGAGGCACCUCCCAGUGUCUGGGAGUUUUACAUGUUAGGACAAAGCCAUCGACGCCUUGGUAGCGAGCGAGCAACACAGUCGAUUGUGCGUGCCCACGAAAUGCACUUGUUCCAAGACGAAUGUUUCCUCAUUGAGGAAUACCGUAGCCAAGGGACAUUACUUGAUCUCGUGAAUCUAGCGCGUGAAGACGCGCCAUCGGGAGGCAUGGACGAGGCUCUGGCUAUGUGGUGCACAAUAGAGCUUUUGCGGACUGUGGAGGCUUUGCACGCGCGUGGUCUCAUACACGGCGACCUCAAGGCAGACAAUAUUCUCGUUCGGCUGGACGACCCGGGCAUGGAGACAGACUGGUCACCAACCUACUGGGCAAACGGUGCUCAUGGAUGGGAUAGCAAGGGUGUUUGCCUGAUUGACUUUGGCCGCGGCAUUGACAUGAGGCAUUUCAAGCCAGAUGUCGGUUUCCUUGCGGAUUGGAAGACGACCGACGCUGACUGCAGUGAAAUGCGUGAACUACGACCUUGGACGUAUCAGAUCGACUAUUACGGGCUUGCUGGAAUCAUCCACAGCCUGCUAUUCGGGAAAUACAUGGAGACGAUCAACGACAAAGCAAGCGGCGGCCCUGGAGCAGCUACUGCCGUCGGUGCUGCUGCGGCUAAAUCCUAUCGCAUCCGCGAAACACUGAAGCGAUAUUGGCAGACGGAAAUCUGGGCGAGUGCGUUUGAUCUUCUGCUGAAUCCGCUCAGUCAUCUCGAGCAGGAAGAUGGCCGUCGCAUGCCUGUGCUGUCAGGAAUGCGGGAAUGUCGCGAGCGAAUGGAGAGCUGGCUGGAAGAGAAUUGCGAACGUGGGAAUGGUUUGAGGAACACCAUCCUCCGCAUGGAAGCUCUAAUUCGAGAGCGGAAGCGGAAAGUGAAGGCCUGA